AUGAAGACAAAUCGAAGAUGCAGAGCCCUGCUAGCAGUGAGUCUGAACCUGAUGGCUCUCCUCUUCUCCACAACAGCUUUUAUCACGACCCACUGGUGUGAGGGCACACAGAGGGUCCCCAAGCCGAGCUGUGGGAAAGAGAAGAAGACAAACUGCCUCAACUACAGUGGGAAUGAGACUGCCAACGAGACAAACCAGAACGUGGUUCACUACAGCUGGGAGACGGGAGAUGACCGCUUCCUUUUCAGGUAUUUUCACACUGGAAUCUGGUACUCCUGUGAGGAAAAUAUCAAUACUGCCGGUGAAAAAUGUCGAAGUUUUAUUGACCUUGCCCCAGCUUCUGAAAAAGGUGUCCUGUGGCUGUCAGUAGUAUCUGAGGUGUUAUACAUCAUGCUGUUAGUCGUUGGAUUCAGCCUUAUGUGCCUAGAGCUCUUUCAUUCAAGCAGUGUGAUAGAUGGGCUCAAGUUAAAUGCCUUUGCUGCUGUCUUCACUGUGCUCUCAGGUCUCUUGGGGAUGGUGGCACACAUGAUGUAUACUCAAGUUUUCCAAGUGACAGUCAGCCUUGGGCCAGAGGACUGGAGACCACAUUCAUGGGACUAUGGAUGGUCCUUCUGUCUGGCAUGGGGUUCUUUCACCUGCUGCAUGGCGGCCUCCGUUACUACCUUGAACUCUUACACUAAGACUGUCAUUGAGUUCAGACACAAGCGCAAAAUCUUUGAGCAGGGCUUUCGAGAAGAGCAGAACUUCCUAGACCAGGAAGCCAUCAAGUACUUCAGAGAAAGGAAAAAAAUACACAGUGAGGGGAAAGCGGUCAGCGUGUGCCUCAGGCGAAAUCAGCAGAAAAGCACAAGGCCUCCAACAACAAAGACUCCUGAAGAUAGUUCCCAGUCUCCUGACUAUUCUAUUACUGAAUUAAAGACUACAGGAAAGGGUUUUGAAUCAGACCUGGAAGAUCCUGAUCACGAAAGGAGAUUUGUAACUGCAAAGGAAUUCCAAGCCAUUGAGGAAGAACUAGAAGAUGUAAAGGAAGAACUGAAAUGCUUGAAGUGGAAAGUGAGACACAUCGGUGAGACUGUGCAGCCCCUGGCAGAAGAUAGCAAGCGUUACAACGGCUACACCCUGACUGAGCUCAAGGCAAUGGUACAGUUUGAAGAUGAUCCUUACAAAGCUGCACACAAAAUCCUAACUGUGCUCUUCAGUGAUGUGUACUUACUACAACACUCAGUCACCGAACAGGCCUGCAACUCAAGAUCUCUGCCCAAGCCCAAAAUAGACCCCGAGUUGUACACAGUGUAUCGUGACAUUCUGAAAAGCAUAUUCCCUGGAAUUAGCAGUCAGACACUGAGGGAAGAGACACAUCACGUGCAGAAAAGGACCCAGAAAGAAGUGCAAUAA